AUGUUACAUUCAAUUCUCAAAGAUAAUUCAUUGAAACAACUCGAAACUCGUCAAAAUCGACGAAUAAUAGACGGAAGUAGUAAUUUAUCACCAACCAUUAUGUCUAUCAGUACUCGUGUAUCGUUCGAUCAACCUACUAUUAUACCGACAGGUUCAAUUGGUUCAUUAGCAUUCAAUAGGCUGGCUGCAACCGAGGAUAACGAUUUACAAAAAAGAAGUAAUUUGCGUCAAAGACGAACCUCUCUACCUGUUGGUUCGAAUGCUUUUGCCGCCAAUAAAGCUGCUUUACAAAAUAAUCUGAUAGAAGCUCGUGGACUUGUCGCAGAAAUGUUAGCAGAUAGGAAUUUACCGCCAACGGUUGUUUCAGGAUUGAAAGCAGUGGCUACUUUACUGAAUCCUCAACCACCAUCGAUCAAUUUACACUUUGAUUUUGGUCUUCCGAUGGUCGUUGAGAAUCCAUUCAGCGGUGAACAACUUGUCAUUGCCACGGUUACCUUUUUUCUUUUAUCUUUUUAA